ACUACACCAAAAUAAUGUUUUACCGGCAAUUUCUUAAAGAUGGUUUCAAAUAGUGCCACUAAAUUAUAAAUGUAAAAGUUAACGACGCUAUCUAGAGACGAGUUUUAAUUUCGUAGAAACUUAUAGAGUUAUUCUUCGUGGUGCUCAAAGUUCAGAUUACUGUCUCGGUAAUCGAUUGUGAGGAUCUCUCAGUCACGAAGCUAGGGGUUUUGGACUGAAACUUGCAGCUGAGAGUGGAACUCCAAAUAUUACUAAAUCAGGGUAGACUGGGUCCUGCGCAAAAGAUAAGUUUAAGUAUCAAUUUGAAAUUCAGGCCACCACGUCUCCUCCGCAACCACCCAAGCUGAGUCUGUAAUGGGAUGCAAGAUAAAAGUACAAAUAAAAAAGCUUCAUCGGUUUCAGAAGGGGAAGCCUCCAGAUUGGCAAGAUUUUGUUGGAAUUAUUACUUUGCUGUUGAUCAACUCGACUAUUGGUUUUAUUGAGGAAAACAAUGUUGGUUACGCGGCUGCUGCUCUCAUGGCUAGUCUUGCUCCGAAUGCUAAGGAUAUGAUGGUGCUAAGGAUAUAUGGAGAAUCGGAUAAGGUUAUGGACCAAAGGCUACAAGAUAUGAAGCAUGUUUAGUUUUUAUAAAUUUUAGACAAGACAUUGUAUUAAUUUCUACUUCAACUUACACAUUACAGUUAAGGGUAUGAAUUAAGUAGAAGUUUCGUUGAGGGUGUGAAAUAGACAUUAAAAUUGCAAGUUUAUGUAAUUUUUUUUAUUAUUGAUA